GUGGGAACUACAGCUGUCAGGCUUUUAACAACAAAACUCUGAGAUAUCAAACAUCUCAGCCUUCAGCUAUAACUGUACUGGAGAGAAUUUCUGGUGUUAAUAUCACAUCAACAGACCAAAUGAUUGAGGGGAACUCUAUCAACCUAACCUGCGAUGGUGCUGGCUCUGACUUUACCAGAGAGUGGAUGAAGGACGGCUCCUCACUGACUCUGGCUGACAACAUGACACUUUACGACAAGAACAGAGUGUUGUCUUUUCUCUCUCUGAAGAAAACAGACAGUGGAGAAUAUUUGUGUAAUAUCAGCAACCCCGUCAGCUUUGAUGAAGCUAAAUACAGCAUGGUUGUUAACUAUGGACCAGAGGAUGUUCAAAUCACAGGACAAAAUUGGAUAAACGUUGGAGAGACCUUAAACUUAGCCUGCUCUGCUGCGUCCACACCAUCUGCCAGUUACACCUGGUCACUGAACGGGAUAGAGAUAUUAAACAAUUCUGCUGUGUUCACUAAAAACAUGACUGAACUUUCUGACAGUGGCAACUACACCUGUCAAGCACUGAAUAAUAAAACUGGGAGAACAUCAUCUGCAGAACAUCAAUUGUCUGUAACAGAGGAAACACUUCUAUGUGGAGCUGGUUGCAUCGCUGGAUCAGUAGUAGCAUGUUGUGCCGCCGUUGGUGGAGCUGUUGGUGGAGGAUUCUACUUUUUUAAAAAACAGAUGGAACAAAUCUCUAAUGAGAUAACCUCCUCCGGAACAGGAGGUGAAGGCUUGGACAACACAGCAUUCUCUGGAGAUCAGGAGCUGAAAUAUGCAGCCAUCAGUUUCCCCCAGAACCAGGAUGAUGGGACAGUCCUGCAGGAGCUACAGAAUAACGAAACAGAAUAUGCUCAGAUCCAAGGGAACCGCAAUCCUGCUCCUGCGAUGAUGAACACAUACAGCGAAUGAAGAUGGCAGUUUCUCAGUAUAGUGCUGACGGUGCACAAGUCUUUGCUCAAGUCCACGAGAACUGACCACAGCAGGAUAUGAUGGAUCAUCUAAUGAGGUCAGACUGGAGGCCAGAACCUGCACUUCCCUCUCUGCUCCUUUAUGGAUGAUAAUUUGGAUUUGGGUUUACCUAGACAAACCACUUUUGCAGUGGUUAAUGAUCAACCUGUUAUUGCCAUGACUGAGGUUGUAAAGCACAAUGAUGCCCUUUCAGUUUGGAUACACAUAAUAGCUUCCAUUUCCCUUUUGUAUGGGGACAGUCUGUUUGCUUGAGCAUAAUGUUUGACACCUCUCUGGCAUCAUAUUUGACUCCACACGUAUACUAUGAUAUCUCCAAUGAAAUUCCAGUUUGCAGCUUGUCAGUUUUGGAUACAUUUUUUGUAUAUAUUUCAUAUCGUACAAAUGGAAAAAUAUCAGUUAUUUAAUAACAUUUUAUUUAUGUUUCAGUGGUAUUUGUCAUGACAUGGAUGCUGCUUGAUAUCAAUGGAGCUUGUUAAUUGAGGUUAUCAUAACAAGACUAAACUAUUAUGACCUCGCUGUGGUGGAAAUAUGUACAGUAUCUUAUCUAUUGGUCCAAAGGAACCUUUGUAAUUUAAUUUUAUGAUAGUAAAGUUAAACUUUAUUAUUCCACGAAGGGAAGGUCUGCAGCCACAAUAAUCCAAAACAAAAUCAUAAUACAGUAACAAGGGAUUUCUCUCUGAUCCCACUGAAAUAAAAGAAAAAAAUACAUGAAGUUGAAGGAAUGUCAAAGUGAUGUCCAGUGGUUAUUUGGUGGACAUCUUCACGGAUGAGAUGGCUUGAAUCUUAAAGUCUUUCCAGCAGGUAUGAAGAAACUUUUGCCUAGAAAUAUCUCAAUUGUCAGAGAUGAUUAGAGUAAUUCAGGUCAUGUUUAUUGUAAAUGUCAGUAAAAUGUGUGAUUUUAUAAGAUAAUAAAGUACUUUAUCUUUUAGCACAUCACCCUGAAGGCCUCGAGGCAACACGGAAGUUAUUCAGAUUAGUGACAUAAUGCAAAGGGAAAGGAGUAGCUAGUUUAUAUCAUCACAUACACCUAAGUGUAUAAAUAAUAUCUAUUCAAAACCUAAUAUAACUGAAUGUCACACCUGUAGACAAUCUAACUUUCACAAAGACAUUUGUUAAUUACACUAUAUAAUGUAAAGUAUCAUAGUUUAACGAGUUAGACAUACCUGUAUUGAUUUUUGAAUUUUCCUGGUAGAUUUUUUGACCAAUUUUUUGAACAAGGGUCAGGGAUCAGUGUUGCACAAUACAUUUAAUUGAAUCAUUGUAGAUACAAAGAUUUAAGAAAUGAGCCCUCUUAUAAAACAAUGAUUUGUUUUAUGUUCAUUACAAAUGAGAUGAAGAGAAUGAAGAUGAAGUCUCCCACACAGAGCUUGGCGUUGUGAAUUAUGCCCUGUCAAGAUUUAAUGAGUAACUAAUAGAGGGAGGGGCCCCCUGUUAGUUACUCAUUAUUAAAGAUCAAACUCCCUGUGAGUUAUUCACAUGUUUGAUUUCACGUGCAUUAGGAGGAAGUUCGUUUUUGACAAACUUAACUUUUCACAUCUCAGUAUUUCUCUAUUCUGAUGUGGUUACCAGUAUCCUGUGUACACUUAGUACAGUAUGUUUUCUGUUCAUCCUGAAUAUAGCCUUCCCCUUAUAACCUUCCCCUUAUAGCCUUCCUCUGGUGUGGCAUGUUAUGCUUCAAGCCGCCAGUGUGAUGAAUGUUUCACCAGGUGUUGUUGUGUGCUGUUGCAUGUAAAGUGUUAUGGUGAAUUUCCCUGUGAUGUACAGUGCUGUGAAAAUUUCCCCCCAGGAACAAUAAAGUCUAACUGAUUAACUAA